AAAUGAGCGCUGGCUCCGACAUCCAAGGCGCGCCCUUGAUGGAGAAGCAAGUGCUGCCGCCCAUGCGGCGAGGGUACACGUCCACCCUGCUGUGGAAGAACUUCUUGCUCAAGAAGAAACACCCGAUCAAGUGGGCGCUUGAGGUCCUCCUCCCCGUUGCGCUCAUCUUGCUUAUGGGCGGCCUCAAGACCCUAACAGACGACGUGAAGGUCCCCGAUGGCUGGUCCACCGACAAACCUAUUGAGGGCAGUGACACCAUCGGCACGAGCUACUCUCUGUUCCAUGUCGACACUAUGUUUGGAGUGCCGCUCCCGAAGUUCUACCAAACGGAAGGCACAGUGUCCGGUCUGUUGCUUCAAAUGGCUACCAAGGCAUGGGACGCACGCCAAGAUUCCAAGGGCAUGACGGCCGCCCAGAACGAAGCUUGCUCUGCCGCCGCAUACUCGGGCAACGUGAACGCCGACGUCAACUCCCCGUCCGCAUGGCCGGCGAUCUGUCGCGACAACAUCAUCCCUCAAAAGCUCGCGAUCGCACCCGACAACGACUUUACGCGCAAGUACUUUCUCGAGACGCUGAGUUUGUGGUACCCCCGCGUUUCACUCGAUGCGAACGGCACGUUGGCAGUGCCGUCGAUCGCCGAUUCCGUCCAGUUUUUCGCCGACGAAACGGCGUUGAAUGCGUACGUUACCAACGUCGAGUACGCCAAGAGCUUCUCGACACCCCGCAUUGCCGCCGCCAUCGUGUUCACGGCCAUGCCAUCACCCUUGGGUUCCGCGGGCAACAUCGAGUAUAGCAUCCGCCUAAACUCGACGCUCGGGCGCGGCGGGGUCACGGGCGACGUCCCGCGCACCAACCUAGAGCCGUUUCUACCUCUGCAGCGCUCGAUCAACACAGACUCCUACACGCGGUACGCCAAGUCGGGCUUCAUGUCUUACCAGACGCUCGUGACGCGGUUCGCCCUGUGCGUGCCGGACUGGAACGCCGACACGCGGACCACUACGGGCACAUGCACGCAGGAGACGGCGGUGAUGGCCGCCGGCAAUGCGAUGACGGACGCCACGCUAGUGUCGACGCAGCUCCAGGCCGACUUGAACGUGUUCUUGUCAAUCAUGUCGUACACGAACGCGACCAAGAAGCCAUUCAACUUGAACAGCGUGCCAUUGGCGGCGCUGUCGGCCCUGGCCAAACCGCUGCGCCAGAUGCCGCAGCCCGUCGGCGGCGCGUCCGUGUUUGCAUUCCCCAUCCAAGCGUUCACGUCGUCGCCGUUCUAUCAAUCGGUCAAGGACUUCUUUGGCCUCGUGUUCGUGCUGUCGUACCUGCACGCGCUGUCGUCGGUGCUCGUAGCGCUCAUCUCGGAGAAAGAGACCAAGGCCCGCGAACUCAUGAAGAUCCUCGGCGUGCCUGAAAGCGCGAUCGUGUUGAGCUGGUACAUCACGUACGGCGCCAUCUUCGUCGUGGCGGCCGUCCUUCAAGCCGUCGUGGGCAAGGUUGUGCUCUUCCCCAACUCGAACGUGCUGUUGUUGCUUGUGUUCUUCCUGCUCUUUGGAUGGGCCGUGCUCGCGUACGGGUACAUGGUGUCCGCCAUCUUUUCAAAAUCCCGCACGGGGACGUACAUUGGCAUGAUCGGCUUCUUCGCCAUGUACCUCGUCACCGCCGGCUUUAACGACACGUCCGCCGCCAAGUCCAAGGCCAUCGCGUGUCUGUUUGCGCCCGCGGCGCUCACGUUUGGCGUCAAGAGCUUGGCCGAGUCGGAAGCCAGCGGCAUCGGCAUCACAUCGGCCAACGCGGGCAGCGACAUCAACAACUUCAAGUUUACGACUGCGAUCUUGUUUUUGGUCGUUGAUGUCAUCAUGUAUACGCUCCUGGGGCUGUACUUUGAGCGUGUGGUGCCAAAGGACUAUGGGGUGACUGAGACGUGGUACUUUGCUGUGACACCGUCAUACUGGAGAAAGAAAUGGACGAAGGAAACGGCCAAGGCAGUGUCGGCGGACGCGCUCGCCGUAGCUCUCGACGUGCACAGCGACAACAUGGAAGACGUAGGCAUCGAGCUCAAGCAGCAAGAAACGUCGGGCGACGCCUUUUGCAUUCAAAACUUGCGCAAAGUGUUUGCCGUGCCUGGUGGAGUAAAGGUCGCGGUGAAAGGCAUCAACUUGACCAUGUACAAGAACCAAAUCACGUGCUUAUUGGGGCACAACGGCGCCGGCAAGACAACGCUGAUCUCCAUGUUGACGGGUAUGAUUCCAGCGACGAGCGGCGACGCCACGGUCCACGGCCUGUCGCUGCAUGACGACUUGGGCCAACUUCGCCGGUCGCUCGGCAUGUGUCCGCAGCACGACGUGCUGUACGCCGAGCUGACGGUACACGACCACUUGAUGUUUUACGGCAAGAUCAAGGGGUACCGGGGCCAUGCCCUCGACGCUCAAGUAGACGCCAAGAUCGUCGAAGUGGGGCUGACGGAGAAGCGUCACGUCAGGACCAGCGACUUGUCGGGCGGGAUGAAGCGCAAGUUGAGUCUAGCGAUUGCGUUGCUGGGCGACAGUCAGGUGGUAUUUCUAGACGAGCCGACGUCUGGCAUGGACCCGUACAGCCGUCGCAGCAGUUGGGAAAUCAUCCUCAACAACCGAUACAACCGCAUCAUCGUGUUGACCACGCACUUUAUGGACGAAGCCGACAUCUUGGGCGACCGCAUUGCCAUCAUGGCGGAAGGGGAGCUGCGAUGCUGUGGGUCGUCCAUGUUCCUCAAGAAUAGGUACGGCGCCGGCUACAACUUUUCGCUCGUCAAGAUGGACGACUGCGACACGGAUGCGCUGAUCGCGUUUGUGCAGCGUCACAUUGGCGACGCCACCAAGGUACUAAGCAACGUGGGCACGGAGAUCUCGUUCCAGCUCCCAUUAGACUGCUCGCAUUUGUUUGCGCCUAUGUUUGUCGAGCUGGACGCCAACUUGGCUCGUUUGGGUGUGCUCUCGUACGGCAUUUCUGUGACAACGUUGGAAGAAGUGUUCAUCAAGGUUGCGGAGAUUGGCGACGAGCACCACCAGCACACGCUGCAGAAGACGAAGCAAGUCCCCAUGACAGUAACAUCCAAUGACGGGUCGUCGUCGGAAGGGUACAAGCUAGCCGACAACGCGCCCCCGUCGGCGCUCGCCAUGUUCUGGGUCCACUUUCACGCGCUCUUGCUCAAGCGCGUGCGCACCGCCAAGCGGGACAAGCGCGUGGUCGUGUUCGGAACGGUGCUGCCCAUCGUAUUUCUCGUGCUUGGUAUUGCGCUGUUGAAAGCGAGCUCGCUGACCCGCAACGACCCGCCGCUGGUCCUCAACACGGCGGCGUAUCCUCUCAAAGACAGCACGCCCGUGCCGUACUUGUGCCAAUCCGACUGGAUGUGCGACACUGCGUCGCAGAUCUCGUCCGCCAAGCCCCAGCCGUUCGUCGGUAUUAACACGCAAAACGAUGCGGCGGCGUACCCGGCUACCCCACCCCCCGUCGUGUUUGGCGUGACAUAUGCCAACCUGACAACCGCCAACAGCUACUGCGUCCGCGCCGGCGAAGAAAUCUUCAAGCGCGGCUACGGCAAAGCCCCAAAUAAUGCGGCGGUGCCCGGGCAGUACGGCGGGUACGUGCUGCUGGGCGACGCCAAGUCGAGGUCGUUCGGGUACAACUUGGCCGUCAAUACCACCGCAGUCCACGCCGCCAUCGUACACAAGGCUCUCUUGGACGAAGCGCUGUACCGCACUGUCACGGCGAACCCAGCCUUGAAGCUGACGUGUACCAACCAGCCGCUGCCGCUCACCGACUCGACCAAGAUCCUGUUUACGACCAUCGUGUCAUUCACCACGUCAGUGUUUGUCGUGCUCGCAUUUGCGUACUUUACGGCGUCCAUCGUGCCCUAUUUGGUUCACGAGAAGCACCCGACGCACAACUCCAAGCACCAGCAGUUGGUCAGCGGCGUGAGUUUGCCGGCGUUCUGGCUCGCCAACUUUGCGUGGGACUUGCUCUUGUACUCGGUGCCGUGUGUAUUUGGGCUGCUCGCCAUCUACUUCUUCGACAUUACGCCAUUCACAGGUCGCGACUGCUCGUCCUGCGCGGCGUCGCCAUUUGCCGCGCUCAUCGUGGUAUUUGUGCUGUUUGGGUUUGCCAUCGUAUCGUUCUGUUACCUCCUUUCGUACUUGUUUACAGACGCCGCGUCGUCUCAGACGUACAUUAUCAUGAUCAACGUUCUUCUCGGCACGAUCUUGAUGACAACAUCCGUGAUCCUCGACAUCAUCGAGUCCACCAAAGAGAUCAACGCGCACCUCAAGUUCAUCUGGCGCCUCUCGCCGCUGUUUUGCGUGGGCAACAGUCUCAACCAGCUCAGCAUUGCCACGCUGCGGCUUUCGAUUGGCGUGCUCAAGAAGGACACGUCGGCAUUUAGCACUGACAUCCUCGGGUGGGAAGUCGGGUACUUGGCCGUGGAGGCUGUGUUGUUCCCCAUCAUCGCCAUCGGCAUCGACUACGCCUUGAGCUUUCCCAAGAUCAAGGCUAAGAUCACGAAGGACCCGCAGGUUGUUGACGCACCGUACGAAGUGGACGUCGACGUCCAAGCCGAGGAGGACCGCGUGGCCUGCGGGGCAGCCGACAAGGACGCGGUCGUGAUGAACGGUCUGCGCAAGGUGUACAAGGGCGGCAAAGUGGGCGUGGUCAGCCUGUCGCUGGGGCUCCCGAAAGGCGAGUGCUUCGGCUACCUCGGGAUCAACGGCGCCGGCAAGACGUCCACGAUGAAGAUCCUCACGGGGGACGUGCUGCCAACGUCUGGCUCGGCAACCCUCGGGGGGUUUGACAUCAUGUCACAGCAGCUCGAAGUGCGUCGGCUGAUCGGGUACUGCCCACAGUUUGACGCACUAAUCGACCUGCUGACCGUUCGUGAACACUUGGAACUGUUUGCGUCCAUCAAGGGCGUGCCAUCCAAACGCAUCUGCGACACGGUCAAGGACAAAAUGGACCAGAUGAACUUGAACGACUUUGAGCACAAGUUGGCUGGGACGCUGAGCGGCGGCAACAAGCGCAAGCUGUCGGUGGCGAUCGCUCUGAUUGGGUCGCCCCCGAUCAUCUUCUUGGACGAACCAUCCACGGGCAUGGACCCCGUGUCCCGUCGGUUCAUGUGGGAUGUCAUUGCCGACAUUUCCACGCGCAGCAAAGAGUCGACGAUUCUGCUGACCACGCACAGCAUGGAGGAGUGCGAGGCGCUGUGCAGCCGCGUCGGCAUCAUGGUGGGUGGCCGGCUGCGAUGUGUGGGAAGCGUCCAGCAUCUGAAGAACCGCUUUGGCGAUGGACUGAUGAUGCACAUCAAGUUGGCGGCCGUGCUGUCUGCCGACGUGGACCGCAUGAUCAGUACGUCGCCUUCGCUGGAAGGAGGGGCCACGUUAACCAAGGACCAGCUGGUGGACGUGUGUGCGUCGUUGGCCAAACCCCACCGCGCCGACCAGAUCAGCAUGGAGCAUGCGACGGGGUAUGUGCUGGCGGAAUCGCUCGGCCGCAACGACUACGUCCGCGUGCGGGACUUUUGCGCGUGGUGGCUCAGUGAAGACCGCUUUGAAAAGAUGGCGGCGUACCUGGGCCAGAGCUUUGGGGAGCCGAAUGUGCUGCUGUUGGAGCGCCAGAACGACCUGUCGCGGUUCAAGUUGGUCGGUGACAAGCACACGCUGGCGCUGUCCAACGUGUUUUCGCUCAUCGAAUCGACCAAAACCGACUUGCACGUCAAGGAGUACACCGUGUCGCAGACCACCCUCGAGCAAAUCUUCAACAACUUUGCGUCCCAGCAAACCCAAGAAAUGGGCGUCGCGCGGGGCGUGGAAAAGGCAGCAGCGGGCGACCACUACCGAGCGAUGCAUGCUUAGCCUACUAACUACUACAUACUACUUAUAUACCACUACUAACUACUACGUAGUACGAUUAGUAUACCAGUACUCUAUAUGAAAUUAAUUAUAAGUAUUGUGCUUUCGAGUGAAA